GGCGGGGACUCUUCCAGCGGCGGCAGCGGGAGCAGCAGCAGCAGCAGCGGCGUGGGCGCGGGGCGAUGGGGCGGCCGCAGUAGGGCCGGGCCGGCGCGAUGGGUUCGGAGCGCGGGGCGCCGCUGCGGCUUCCCCGGGAAGGGCGGCCUCUGGAGGCGGAGCGGGCCGGCGGGAGCUGCGCUUGCGGGCGGCGGGGCUCGGGCGCGUGGCGGGCGGUGGCCGGCUUCUUGGCGCUCUCGCUGGCGCUGCACCUCCUGACGCUCGGCUGCUACCUGGAGCUGCGCUCCGAACUGCGCCGAGAGCGGACGGCGCCCCAGGCCGGCUGGCAGCCCGGCGGUACCGCCAGAGCCCCGCCGGCCCACGCGGUCCCCCGGCCCGCCCGGGACCUCGCGCCUGCCGGACGGCACCAGCACCAGCACCAGCACCAGCACCAGCACACGCCGGGCAGUGGCAGCGGCAGCCUGCGGCAGAUGGCCUGGCUGAAUGUCUUCUCCCCCGAGGAGAGGACUCUCUUUAGAGAAGAAAGCCGCCGUGUGCGCAGAAACAAGAGAAGCAAGAACAGCGAAGGAUCAGAAAGCACAAGUCCUAAAAAGAAGAAAGGCAAAAAAGCUGGGCCUCCAGGACCUGUUGGGCCCCAAGGCCCUCCUGGACCACCUGGACCCCAAGGCCCCCCUGGGAUCCCAGGUAUCCCUGGCAUUCCAGGUACCACAGUGAUGGGACCUCCAGGACCUCCGGGACCUCCAGGCCCCCAGGGACCCCCUGGGUUGCAAGGCCCUACCGGCACAGCAGAAAGAGCAGGACCGAGGGAUUCACAGCCAGCAGUCGUUCACCUGCAAGGCCAGGGUUCUGCUAUCCAGGUCAAGAAUGAUCUUUCAGGUGGAGUUCUUAAUGACUGGUCUCGCAUAACAAUGAACCCGAAAGUCUUUAAGCUGCACACCCGGAGUGGCGAGCUGGAGGUACUGGCAGACGGCACGUACUUCGUCUAUAGUCAGGUAGAAGUGUAUUACAUAAACUUCACAGAUUUUGCCAGCUUCGAGGUGGUGGUGGAUGAAAAGCCUUUUCUGCAAUGUACUCGGAGUAUUGAGACAGGGAAGACCAACUUCAACACCUGCUACACAGCCGGGGUUUGCCUCCUCAGAGCUCGGCAGAAGAUUGCUGUGAAAAUGGUCCACGCCGACAUCUCCAUCAACAUGAGCAAGCACACCACCUUCUUUGGGGCCAUUCGGCUAGGGGAUGGGCCCUCUUCCUAAGGACCUGAGGUGGGAGCUUCCCCAAACCACCUGGCAUCGCUGUUCAAAAGAUUGGGAAGAGUCAAAGAACUGAUAUUUAUUUUUUUAUGCAACUACAGAAAGCAAGCCAGGUUUCCCUUGGCUCCAUUGGAGCAGUGCUUAAAAAUGGAGCAUUCCACUUGAGCUGUAUAUAUCACAUCAGAGGCAGGCAGUGAGAAGGUCCCUUCCUUCCUGCAACUUGCACUGAUAAGAGUUACUAUGGCAACAGAUGACGGAAGCCACGCAACUGAAUGUUCUCCAGGAAGAUGCAUGUUAACGGGAAAAUUCUUUGUUUCCCACCCCCUCUCCAGUUUUUCAUACCAAAAUUAUAAGGGACCCUAUAAUGUGGCCACGACACAUCCAGAUUCUGAUAGUAAUAAAUUUCAUGUUUAGAAACUGGAAAUUAUAGAUGAGGGACUAUUUAUAAAGUUGGAAGUCGCCUUUGGCAAAAACACACUAUCCAUCCAGUUAAAAUAGUGAAUUUGACUUUCAAAAGCGAAUGUGUUGUUUCAGGUUUUUUAAAAGGUUUAUUUCUGGA